CCCCGUUAGUAAUUGGUUUUGUCCAUCGUUACCAAGAUGGCGGCAGAUUUGAGUCCAGUAGAAAAAGAAACUCUUGAAGCGCUUUUACAGGUAAAAUUUGGAUAAAUUAAGUUGGUUUUAACACCGAUAUUAUGUAGGGAAAAAAUGUUUUGCCAAAAAUGUUGCAGAAAAUAAUAAACAAUCGCAGUAGUACCAUUCAUGUGCUUUGUGCUGUGGCAGGGCACUACGUUAACUGGUAGCAUGGCAACAUCCAGUGUAGGCUUCAUUAAUUACGGUAUGCCCGGGCACAUUGUUUUCAUUUCUUAUUUUUUGAGUGUAUUGUGUAAGGGAUUGCUGAUUACGCAUAGCUUUUAAGUUUUAAUGUGCUAUUUUCGAUGAUGAUAUUCAGUUGUUGAUGAUAGUGAUAACCAGCUUACAGACGUGUCUUCUUAUGGGAGACCCUGAACAGUUGUUGGUAUUUAGCUUAUCUGUUGGAUCUACUAGUUAGUCAUUAAAUUGUUUCAUGUGUUUUCGUUUUUUUACCCAUAUUUAUGCCAGAGCCUUCAAAGAGAUAUCAACUGUCUGGCAGAUGACAACAGAGGGACAAGAAAGCGAGCCCUGGAAAAGAUUAGCAAAGAAGUCUUUUCAAAGAAGUCAAAGUUAUCUGCUUCAGUAAUGAAAACUUUUUUUGAAGAAAUUUUAAAGCCUGUUUUGAAGCUGUUUUCAGACCCAACUGAAAAAUGCAGAGAGCUUUCUUUACAGAUGGUUACUGAGUAAGUUUAUGGUGAACUUGUCCGAAAACUAUAAGCAGACAUGAAAAUUUGGUGUGUGGUUGUUUUGCUGUAUCAUGAAAUCGAUUGGCUACAAAGCAUUUUUCUUUUCACUGCAUCAACUGCUGCAAAAAGAGUUGAUUCUCUUCAAAGUAUACAAUCAACUCUCUCGUAAGCGACCACCCUUGGUGCACAAAAAAGUUGUUUGGUUACGGAAGGUGGUUGUCGAUGGGAAAACUCACGGAAAUAAGCUAAAACUGAACUGAUUAACGUAACUGCUUAAAAUCAUUACCUUACAUCUCAAAAUUAGGUAAAUAGACAACUGGCAAAAUUGUGAUGUUUCAUAUCGAGCAGUGCUUGAAACAUGUUGAAACUUUGUUCUGAACAUUUUGCAGCAGUGAGGAUGAUGUGAACUGCGGGAAUGCAAAUUUAAAUGAAGAUAUGAUCAUCGCAGUGGUAAUUUCAAUGUAAGAAUAAAAAUUAUCACAUUGCAUCAUUGUUACAAUCCACCAUUUUACUUACACCCAUCUUGUUUGUAAGUCAACUGCUGUAACCUAUCAAUACACUUGGUCAGCAGUAUUUAAAAACUGACCUUUUUUGUUGUUUAGAGGAAUGGUAAUAAUGUAACAGUCAUAUGUGAACAUGCCUGGUGGUUGCUUGCGGGAAACAGAAAACAAUUUCUGGUUUAAAAGGUGGUUGCACUUGCUGUGAGAGAGUUGAAUGUAUUUACUUUGAGAUGAUAUUUUGUUCUACCUAAUCGCGAAGCUUCUCAGCUAUUGUAGCCAAGUUGAUGCCUCUGUACAGUUUGACUAGUCGAAGCAAAUCCAAAAUGUCAAAUUAACACAACAUCUAGUCUUCUGUCCUUGUUGAAUUUGCUUAAUUAAUCUUCUUUUGAUGUUCUAAUUUUUUAACUAGGUAAAAAGAUUAAUGCCUGCAUUGAUGCUUUACCUUUACCACUCUAGAUUUGCUAAGCAAGUGGCGGACAUGUCCCAGUUUCUUCCAUAUAUAAUUCCAACAGUGGUCCAAAGACUAGGCCAGCCAGAAUUAGUUGAGCCUUGUGAAGAAAUUAGACUUUCUACAGUGGAAAUGUUACUCUCUGUCAUUGAGAUAUGUGGUGAAAAAGUUGGUGUAUAUAUCGAUGACUUGAUAAAAAUACUUCAGAGAACUCUUGUUGAUCCAUUUCAUGAUGUAAGAAAGGUAAGAAAGAUUUGGGAUUUAAUCGUUUGCACAGGCUGCCCAUCAAGCCUCACAGGCUCACCCCAUUUUAUAAAUAAAUAAACAUUGACCAGGCCUGUUAUUGCUGCCGCAGUGAGUGAGCCUGAAGUGAACAAAUGAGGCAGCUCUCUAAUUGGCAAAAUAUUACAUUAUAGGGGCAUUCAAUCACUUUUUCUUGCCAAACUCAAGGAAUUGUGGUUAUGCGUGAAUGAAAGAUUUAGGAUGCACAAUGGACUUGCAAGGAAUUGUGGUUAUGUGCGAAUGGAAGAUUUAGGAUGCGCAGUAGACUUGCAAGGAAUUGUGGUUAUAAAUGCUGGAAUGGGAGAUUUAGAAUGUGCAGUGGAUUACCAUGUGCUUUGCUCUCACUGAUUUUCAACUGCAAUCUGAAUAAUUUGCAAUCUCGUUAAAGUAUGUAUAGAAAAAAAAGGUCUAAUUAGCAAACAAACAACUUUGCACUUGCUGUAUACUUUUGCAGUUGGCCGACACUUGUUGACCGAGAAGUGAAGGCAUUCAUAAUGAAUUCAUUGUAGUUGAUCAUGAUGCCAUGGCAGAAUGAAAGCAAAUUUCGAAACCUCUGUAUAUUUGGGUUGGUUUUCAGAAAACAGGACACGGUCAAGACCAGCAAAAUAGCGUAGCAUAUGGACAAUGAAAUAGCCUCACUGGAGCAAGCACCCAUUUUAUACCUUUCAAGCAUAUUUCACAAAAUGAAAUAUUUUAUAUAUAAAUUUAUCGGUUUUAUUAUUCGCUGUGGCUAUAUUGCCAGUAACUGGUCAAGAUUUAGAAAACACUAAAUGACCAGCAGUCUGAUAUUUUAAGUAUUUUUAUUAGUGAUUAGGGUUAAGCACUGAUGAUACUGAUUAGGGUUAAGCACUAAAAAUACUAAUUAGGGUUAAGCACUAACCAUACUGAUUAGGGUUAAGCCCAAAGAAUAAGAGGGCUAUUUAUAUGAGAAAACUAAAACAUCAUUGUAUGAUAAUGCAUGAUACGCUGAACUUUAUCAAAUUUAGAGAGCAGGUUGACUUCAUUAAUGGAAAAGAGAUGUUUUGGUUUUGUUUAUACCUGUAGGAAAGUUGUCGAUGCACAAAUGUUUUAGCUGCAGCUGUUCCUGAGCAGUUUUAUUUCCAAGCCAACUCACUUGUGACUCCUCUUCUAAAGUCUCUAUCUCAUCAACAUUCUAAAGUCAGAGUUUCUUGUAUACAGGUAAGAAAAUAUUACUGUGUAGAAAAUGUAACACAAUUUUCAAUUCUGUGGCGUUUUUCAGUGGUUACAUUUUCCCAUCCUGGGCACUAAAAUGGGUCUUUUUAGACAUGGUGGUUCAAACAUUCAGUGACAAAGUUCGUGUAUGUCAUUUCUAUUAUGUAGCAAGAUGUUUGUAAAUAGUUCUUGUUUUUUUGUUUAAUCCUUCAGUUUUUGUUGAUUUGAAAUCCUGCAGAAGAAAUAAGCACCCCUUUCAAAUAUGUGCCCCCUAGUUUUCUUGCGUCAGAAAAGAAAGUAUUUUUGAGGAUUAAUUGACAGUAAUUAGACCUUAAAUUUUGAUUGCUCUCUCUAGACGUUAGGUAUUGUCAUUAGCUACGGAGAUGGCAAAAAUGUGGAUGAUGUAGUUUCACAUCUUGCCCAGAGAACAUUUGACAGUGCACCAACAGUGAGAGCAGCUUUGACUGGUGUUAUUGGUGACUGGCUGUUAAAUCUUCGUGACAGGUGAAAAAAUAAUAUAAGAAGUUAGUACAGUGUACAUGUACAGUGAUUUUUAAAGAAAAGUGGAGUAGAUGGUAAGGCAUGCGUGUACACUCUCUUGGUUCAUUACUACUCCCUUACUUUGAAGACUGAACACAGCAGCGCGGCUGCUAUGUUUGUACUCUAACAGCACCAGGGAGCUUGGGGAAACUAACUUUUGAUUUUGGGAAACUUCAAAAUCUUACAUACACAUGGUUUGCACGGCCUGGAAUACUCCUAGAAAAACUGCUAGGUCGUUAAAAAGUCCUUAAAAACUGUUUUUCUUCUUGAAAACUCCUUGAAUUUGAAGAAGCGGUACUUGAAUUGUAUUAAAAACCCAUGGAACACUUGAGACUACAACAAAAUAAGUUCAUGUUUGACUUCAAAAGAUUGAAGGAAUUGCUGAGAAACACAUUCGAAGUCUCAUAUGAUGAAAAACUUUCUUUGUCAGGGCAAUUCAGUGUUUCUUUAAUAAUCAAAGUAUCCAAGUAACUGCAUCCUUAAUGCAGUUUCCCAUUACAAGUGUAUUCGUCAGUCUAUCAGCCGCACUCUUAGCAAACAAAACCACAGCUGCUUGAAGGAGCUUGAAGCAUGAAAUUUAUUCAAAAUGUAUUUGGAUCUUUUUGUACUUACAGGUAUUGGUUUGUUGGCAUGACUGUGCAAAAUAUGUAAUAUUUGUGACAAAAUAAUGUGUGCACCUGAGAAAAUUAACUUCUUGAAUUUUCUUAUUAAGUCCUUCAAAAUUUCUGGAAAAGUUCUUGAAUAAAAGUUUAUGAAACCUUUAUGAACCAUGGUACAUUGUGUUUAAAACAAAAAUAUGUUGGGCACCCAAGAUGUCAUAUAUGGAAUCCUUUAGGUAAUCUAAUCUUUUUUAGAGUGUAGCAAAGUCCAGUCAGGGCACUACACUUAGUCCAAAUCAUGUUGUUAAGGCUUUCUGAAAGUCAGCUGCUUCUAGAGGCUAGAUGGAGUUGUCUGGCUUUUAAGUAACACUCACUUUUUAUGCCCUGGAAACUUGUACUCCACUAUCUUGGACCAUUCAAAUAAAUCUAAAUUGACAUAUUACCUGGAUUUCACCAAAAAAUCUGUGCUCCAUCCUUUCAUCAGAACAGAAAAUCCCUAAACAUUUGAUGGAGCCCUUCAACUGAUUCUUAUUCUUAUAUUCAGGUUAAAAUUUUUUUAACCCAGGUUGAUUCUCAAUUUCCUUUUUCUAGGGCUAGGAGACAAAGGAAAUUGAGAAUCAACUCAGCAGGUUAAAAAAUUUUAACCUGAAUAUAAUUUUGACAUGUAACAUUUACUAAUGCUAUUAUUGGAAAACUUAUCAGUCACAUUGUUAUUUGUAGAUAUUCAUAUUUCCAUAAGUUACUGCCAUUAUUGAUGACAGGCUUGUCUGAUGAAAUGCCUGAUAUUCAGAAGCAGGCAAGACAGCUCAUGGAAAAGGUAAUAAAAAUGCUUCUUAUUAUGUGACAAGUAUCAGUCAUUAACCCAUUCACACCCAGUUUAGCUGCCUGUAAAUGACUGAGUGAAAAGUCUCUUAUAUAUAGCCUGUGUAGUAGGUGCUUGGAAGUAAUACACAAGAAAAGAAAGGUGCAUGUGAUGGAGACACACGCACCCCAUUCUUUCUUGUACCCAUUAUUUCCAAGCGCCUGCUACACAGGCUACUAACACGACAGAGGCACAUGCACCCCAUUUGCGAUUCUUUCUUCUGCCCAUUAUUUCCUAGUGCCUGCUUCACAGGCUACUGUCUUAUGUACUACUGGUAUGUACCAUAUAAUGAUUGGGAUCUUUUAGUGCGAGAUUCAGCCACAACAAGUAGGCCAGAGACAACAUAAAAUAAUGUGACUUUGACACAAAAAUGAAAAUGAGAAUCGUGCUCCACUAACCCCUGUACUUUUGUUAGAAUAUUUUUAAGGGCUUUGAAGCUUAGCAUUAAUUUCCCAGCAAAAGUAAGACAAGGGAAGAGAAUCAAAAAAAGUGACGAGGAGAGAAAGUGAAAGAUGUUAAAAUAACUCCCAUAACUGCAAAAUAAAAAAAUAAAGAUACAUGCACACUUGGUCUUGUAUGACAGGUGGGUGAACAGUUUGCAGCAGAGAAUGAAGAUGAUUUAAAAGACAAAAUGGAUUUUGAGGAAAUCCCAGAUUACAAGCUUUCGACAGGUAACAUUACUUAAACAAUAAAUGCCAUGCUUCUCAGAUACAUAAGUUUUACAGUCUGGAAAUUUAUAGACUUUAAGAAGCACCUCAUUUUCUUCAGUUAUAGUAGAACAGGCGAGAUACGCAGCGCACGAAGAAGGUGAUACGUGAAGAGUGUCACCUUCCUGAAGGGUGGUAAUUUUCACGCGUGGUCCCGUAUUCUGCUCAUUUCACUAUCCCAGGAAGAAAUGAGACUAAUAAUGCUUAAUGUUUUAGGCUAGGAAAAUUAUCGAGAAUUUUUGCUUUGUUGUGCUAUGCUUUUUUCAUUCCAUAGGUAUGACACGCCCCAGUCUGGGAUGCAGGGUUUUAGUUCAAAGAAAUUUGUCUAAGAUUUUACCUGCUGCACUACGAGACAUGGCUGACUGGACUGCUGACACAAGAGUUAAGGUUGUUUGGCAAUUUUUUUGAUGUGAACUUUUUGAUGAUUAACUCACUGCAUAUCUCUUUGAACUGCAUAAUGAUUUACCGAAUUUUAUUAAGAAGAUGAAACUGAGCUAAACUGAAUGGUAAAACUGUGACUGAACUAAUUUUGGGUAUUUUCAAUGUAUGUACAAGUAAAAAAAAACGUGCUGAAGAGUGUGAUUCUUUGUUCUCGCCCUAAUCUCUUUUAAUCAAUGAACACUCGGUGAAGAUCGCACUAACAUUGCAAGUCAACAAAUUUGUCUCACUUUUGAUGGCUUCCAUAAGCAUUGCAAACAACAAAUCAGAAGAUGUUUUAAUUGCAGCGUUGUGCAUUUCAACGAGAUUUCAUUCCAGCUCCUUAAAAAUUGCCCUCCAAACGGCUUGGUUCUGUGUGUGAGGAAAGUUUGUACAAAACACGUCAAUCUUUGAAACAUUUGUUGAAAGGUAGCCUGAGAAAACAGCCGUCAUUUCUCGACCCCUCGGUACCACUGGUUUCCCCGCGAAAUGACAUGCGAGGAACGAACUCAGAAACUUCAUACUGAUGACAUGUCUUUAUCCAGGUCUGGGUAUUGCUUCUGAUUGGUUGAGGCAUAACCAUUGAGAUGCACUACCUAGAUUUACACUCGUUCUUCAGAUGUCAUUUCGCGGGGAAACCAGUAGUGGCGUCGCAAAAUGUCGGCCGUUUUCUUAGGCUAGCUGAAAGGUGGUGGUAGUGGCGGGAUCUGCUCUGUAAAAUUGUGACACCUGUACUAACAGAGCUGCGAUUUUUCCCUUCCUCAGGCUUCUUCUUUAGUUUAUUUCUUGCUAUUUUAUGCUGAGGACCACACAACUCAACACAUGGAAACAUUGUUACAAGGGUUGUAUAAAGCUAGCCUGGAUGAAAAUGAGCAAGUUGUUAGACAGGUAACACCUUAUAUCCUUCAAUCAGCUAACUUUCCCGUAUAAGUCGAAACUAAAACUAAAGAGUUUGCUUGGAUUUAAUUACGUUAAUUUUUGCUGAGUAUGUGCCGCUGGCCUCUCAGAACCCCUCCCCCAUUAUAGUCUACCCUGUGGCCAAAUAAAGACCCUAUCUUAGUCACUUUGGGGAUUUUUUUUUCUCGAUCCCAACUUGGUAACUCUCUUUUUAUGUAUAUAACUUAUAAAGCCUUUUAACUAGGUCAUUUUGAAAUUUAUUGACUCAUCGGUUAACUUUAAUGAAGUAAAAAUCUUCUCAUGUUUAAAUCCCUACCAGUACCUACCUGAAUUUUCUGAUCCCCAAAUCCCACAAAUGUGCGAUCCCAUUCUAGUAACUCUAAUGAAAGUACAGCCCCAUUCUAGUCAAUGCAGUCGUGAAAUGCGACCCGGUCCAGCGGCACAUUAGCCCAUUAGCCUAUUACUAGGAAUUACUUCCCUCCCCCCCCACCACGCCCUCGCGGAGAAAAAUGAUCUCUUGGGGGUUUAUUUUGCUUGUAAGCGAACAGGCGUAUAGGGAGUUUGUUGAAUGACAAAUUUAGUGCACCAGUUUUCUUCUUAGGGAAACCUCUCUCUUCGACAGUCAGUUUUUGAAAUAAAGAUUUAAGCAAAUUAUAACAAAAAAAACUUUCUUACAUAGCCAGCAGAUUUACCGUUAUUGGUUUCCUGAUUGAAAUUAGCGCAGGCACUGUAUUUGGAGAAAAAAUCGUAAGUCCCUUUCCUUUGUUAUUUUAAUUUCAAAUAUUGAUAGUUUAUGUGUUACUCUACUAAGGUUGUAUCAAGUGCGGAGCUGGUUGGUAGUUUUGUUGAUCCAGCAGUGUUUUGCAAGUUAGCUCUCCCUCAUCUCAAGUCUGCAGCGGGCAGCUCUGCUACUGGUUGCAGUAGUUGUUUAUUGAUUCUUGCGGCAUUGAUAAGGGGUUGUAAUCCAGAGCUCCUUAAACCUCUUCUAAAGGUAAGUUCCUGCAAUCCUCUGACCUCUCAGACGUUCUUAGGGCUUCGUCAUGUGUUCCUCCUUUACGAAUGAUUAACCUGCAGGAACUUAGCCUCUCAUGGAGAUUUUCUUAGGUCUUCUCAAUCGUUUAGGCCUGAGGAACGCAUUAACAUUAGGGGCAUUCAUUUAUUGUAACCAGUGCCACAAAAGUAUUCUGGUAAAGUCCCUCACACAGUGUUAAAAUUGUCCCUCAAAGGGCUUGAGGACUGGAGGAAGGAUAAUAAGAUAUUUAUAUUUGUAGACUUGGUGUCAGCGCAUCCCCUGUACAAGUACUCCUUCACCCAAAAAAAACACAAAUGGACCCUUGGCUAUCUCAGAGUUUGUUUCGUUAUGAAAAAAGUCUCGGCAUGAAGCUUUCUCUUCCCCUCUUUCGCAAUCGCUUUCGCCCACUUCGCUCACUUUUUACCCUUUCUGGCUAACCUGUAAGCAAAUCUAUGGGAUCCUCUACAAUGUUUCGUAUUAUUGAACCAACAGCUGUACAUAGGCCUUAUGGGCUGCGACUUACAAAGGUCCUGAAACCUCAGACUGAGUUUUAACAAAUUAAUUUUAAGUGAUCAAAGUGUCAUUUGCAUUUUUUCAAUCACUGUUGUGAUGUUUAUUCUCGACUUAUAUUUUAUUGUCUAUUCUCAAUUCUAGGACGUAUGUAAUACAAUUUCUUUACAAGAUGUCUGCUGCACAGAACAGUCUUCUUGUCAACAACAUCUUUUAGCGACGGUUUCUGCCAUUGUAGACAAGGCUGGUGAAGAGACCGGUGCACACAGUUUCACAUUGUUCUACGUUUUAAUACAUGUGAUGGCUCUUCAGCCACAAGGAAGUCUUCAACGAGAGGUAUAAAUUGCGACAGAAGUAUCGAUCAUUAUUGCUGCAAGUACAGUAGAACCUCCCGUAAAGAACUCCCUGAGUAUCAGAGAACGCAGGAGCGUAGAAUCCAUAUAAGCACAUAUGCCCGUGCGUACAGCUGAAAUGUAAUCUGGAAAAAAAUAUGUGCACUCAACUGAAAUUAGGAAUAUAUGAUUGCAAAACGCAGCUGAAGUCAGUGAAAUUAGUCAGUGACGGCACGUCACGCCCUUUGCUUGUAACCUCCUUGAUGGCGUCAUUGUUUUACCCUUUUUUUCCGUUAUUACUGUAACCUUACCGAUAACGAUAGAGAUGGGAAAAGUAAACAACUAACUACUGUAUUUUUCUUCGUAUAUAUUUACUGAAAAUGUCUUGCGGAAAAAGUAGAAAAUGGCAUUUCCGAGACCCUAAAUGUCAGAUCCCCCCAGCCUAAGCCACCUUCAGCGCUAUAACUUUCAUCCCGUGCAUACACUUUCAAAAUCGCACGCUGCGCCCCUGGAGAGGGUCCCUCAGGAGAGGUGCCCUCUAAUGGGAGUGUAAAAGGGAGUGUAAAAAUAAUACUAAUGGUGCUUACCAAAAAUUGACCAGACCCGGUUUUUUGAAGAUGAAAUGUGCUUUUUUCGAAAGUUUUCGCUAAAAACCCAUCAUUACUGUGCAUUCACCAUUUACACAUAGACCAUAAUACACCUUGCUUACACCUCGAAAUUUUGCAUAAUUAUUGUCCUUGAUUUUUCUUGGGACGGCUGUAAUACCCAGGAGAAAUUGGAAAUAGUAGUUAUGCAAAAUUUUGGGGGGUAAAGAAGGUGCAUUAUGGUUUAUGUGAAAAUGGUGAAUACUAUUUAUAGGUAACAAUUAUUCCACGACUGCUCGUUGGAUGUGAGAUGGUUGAUAGCCAACAAGGCGCGUAGCGCCGAGUUGGCUAUAAUCAUCUCGUAUCCAACAAGUACGAGUGGAAUAAUUGUUAAAUAAUUUGUUUUAAUUAAAAAAACACCCACAAAAUAUCGAGAAUUCUUCCCGACUUUAUUUGUAAAAACAACCGAUUUUCAGCUUGUUUUUAAUUUUGAGCAGACGCGUACAGUUACCAUAUUUGGAGAGCAUGGUAUAAUGGCUCAUAUACCAUGAUGGCUGAGCCAAUCAGAGCUUUAGAAUUGCAUUAUCCGAUGAUUCAGUUUUUAAUAAUUAGGAAUAGACUGACCUGGCUGGAAAUUUUUGAUUAACAGUGGAAAUCUCUUUACAACUGGACUGGUCUGGCAAAGCAGUUUUGACUGAUGGAAUGCGUCUUAAUUGUCCGCUUACCUAAGUGUCCGCUCAAGGUGGUUCGACUGUAGCUUGGCGCAUGUACGUGCUGUUUUAAUAUCGGAUCCAAUUUACUGUUUUGCGUUUCUGACUUCAUUUUGACAGGUGAAUGUUGUGUUAACCAAGCUUGCAUCAACGCAAAGAUUGGAAAGUGUGUCAAAGCUGUAUGAAAAUCACAUUCAGGAGUUCCUUGAGAAGCUUAAAGUAAGCAGUACUACUUUAGGUUAUGCUGAAGCGGAAACACAUCGUAAGACUAGGCAUACUUCUUUUUUUAAGAACAAUCUGACUUGUGGAGCUAUACUUAUCCACCUUGAAGACCGUUUACGAAAAUUAUUAUGAUUCUUGUGGACAGAGCUUUUAGUCACUGCAUGAUUACUGAGUGAUCGGUCGGCAUCAUUUGUUCGUACUAAUGGUCUGUGUUUAUAGUCAGUGAUUAGUUGGAGCCGUUACUCCUUUGAAUGACGUCUAGUCCACUGCCGUCACUGUGUAGACAAUAGCCUAGUCGAUAGGUGUAGAUGAUAACAUUCACCUCCUUUAGGGAGACAUUCACUUCUCCUCCCUUCCCCUGAGUUCCUUUCAAAUACAGUGAACCUCGAUAUAUCGAAGAGCCGAGGUUUUAUUUUCUGCUUCUUUUGCUUAUAUUUUACCAUUACUAGGGCGAAGAAUCUCGUUCGCCAUACCGAGGUUCCACCGUAUUUGCUCAGUGACCAUUCCAACUUUUUAUUCUUUAGAAGAACCAUACCUCUUGGACUCAUCAUUCUCCAGAGUGUCGACUGUUUGAUGUGCUGUUGUCAGAAUCUGGACCAGUAGUUAGUGGGCACCUUACAGAUGCCAUGGACAUCUUUACAGAGUGCUUAGACAGUCAUAAGAAAGACCCUGAGCUGCGACUAAAGUAAGCGGGUACAUAAGUGUUUCCUGGGGUCUCUGUGAGUCACACACCCUACUGACGCAAGCGCUAGUUUUCUGCUAUGUAGCUGAGCUGUGUCCAUCGUAUUUAGAGUUACAGAAAGGCAAGAAAAAAUUGGCCAGAAACAACUAGAAACUGAUGCCCGCCCGAUUUGGCCAACAAGGGUGAUCGCCUUAAAAGAGAUCAAGUGUUUGGUUUAGAUAGCUGGAUACUGGCCAAGUUCUUUUUUUCGCCCUUUUAUGAACCGAGGCAAGGUCUAGGUCAAUAAAACUGCAAAAUCGAACGAAGCCAGUAUUGAUCCAUUGUCGACCGGGCAAGAUAAGCUUGUUUUUUCGGAUAGAUAAUCAGAAUCGCAAUAUUCCCUUCAUCUUGCCCACUCGCGAAACCAGCCAUAUAAUAAUAAGAAUUNGAUCGCCUUAAAAGAGAUCAAGUGUUUGGUUUAGAUAGCUGGAUACUGGCCAAGUUCUUUUUUUCGCCCUUUUAUGAACCGAGGCAAGGUCUAGGUCAAUAAAACUGCAAAAUCGAACGAAGCCAGUAUUGAUCCAUUGUCGACCGGGCAAGAUAAGCUUGUUUUUUCGGAUAGAUAAUCAGAAUCGCAAUAUUCCCUUCAUCUUGCCCACUCGCGAAACCAGCCAUAUAAUAAUAAGAAUUUACAGAAUGAAGACAAAUUGAACCGGAAGCAACUAGACACUGAUAACCGCCUGAAAUGGUUUACAGGGGUGUCCGCCGAAAAAGAGUUCAUUAUACAUGAAUACAAAAACCUAACGACGACAUAAAGUGGAACGUCUGUGUGCCAACAGUUCUCGAAUUUUUCAACCAUCAAAAUCAGUUUGCCCUGUACUGGCCCCAGUUUUUUAAAAGUUGGAUGGCGCUAUCCACCAGGGCCCAGUUGUUCAAAAGGUGGAUAACGCUAUCCACUGGACAAGUCACUAUCCACUGAAUAGCACAAUUGGUUCUUGUAAUAAUCAUCCACUGGAUAGUGAUUUAUCCGGUGGAUAGUGCUAUCCAACGUUUGAACAAGCCGGGCCAGAUAAAUCUCUAUCCAGUGGAUAAGUAUGAGGGAAACCAAUUACGUUUUCCAGUAGAUAGUGAUUUAUCCGGUAGAUAGAGUUAUCUACAUUUUGAACAGCUGGAGCCAGCACUAUAAUAAAUUGGAGCCUCUUGUGAGUGACCGUCUUCUGAAGACGACCACCACAUCUUGGCAUUUUGGAUGGUUGCUUGCGGAAGGUUUGGCCGUACCUCACUUCAGUCAAAGAAGGGAAGAAUUUUUAAAACUUACUUAAAUGGAUUGGAUAUAAUUUAUUGACUAAAAUUUGGUAACAUCGUUUCUGUUUUUUUUUUUUUUUUAAACAAUAUACGGCUUCUGUAAUGAAAUAAUAAUCUGGCCCGGGUUGCUCGAUGCAUGGUUAGUGCUAAUCAGCGUUAAAUACCAUGGAAACCUAUACAUUUUGAUACCUCUUAACCAACGGUUAGCGCUGACCAGGCUUCGAGCAACCGGCCCCAGAACUAUAAGUUAAAAAGUAGUGACAGAAAAUUUGCAAAUCGACACUUGGACGCCAUCUACCUUCUUUCUUAUGAAACUGAAUUGUUGCUGAUGCUUGCAAGACAACACAAAAGAAGAACCUCACAGUGAUGGAUAAAUAUCUUGAGAAAUAUUGAAAAUGCUGUACUUAGCUGUGUUAAAAAUUAAUACUUUACGAUUAUUGUGCCGUUAAUAACACUUAUUUUGACUGAGGUGUGAAGCGAGUUAACGAAAUCGUAUUUUGUGAAAUUACAAUUACGAUCCAAUGACCUAUCAUUUAGACUCCCUCGCAGCCGUUUUUGUCUCGUCACGAAACGCGCGAGACUACCUUUCUUUGAGUAGCACUUUAAUACUAUUGAUGUUUAUGAUUGGAUUUACCCUUAGGAUGUUUUCCUUGUUGUCACGUCUUCUCAUGAAUGCUUCCCAGUCGGUGGAGUCAAAGAACGCUUUUAGCUCACAUUCAGUGACUGUUGUACAGAAACUCGUUAUUCCUAACUGUGUGUGGCAGGCAGGAAGGUAAAUUCAUAUUGAAUGCUGCUGAAUAGGUGUACUGUAUUUAAUGCACCUUUUUAAACAGGACUUCUGACAAUGUCAAAAUUUUUGUGACAAUUUGAGCAACAAUGUGAAGUAACGAACUUCUUUUACUUCCAGAACUGCUGCCGCUGUCCGUUCUGCAGCUAUCUCUUGUCUCUGGGCGUUACUUAACUCCAAUUUGUUAUCUUCUCAAGAUGCCGCGCAAGUUAUGAAGGAUCUUCUUACUCAGGUAUUGCAAAUCCACACUUGAACUCUGAACAGACUUAUAGAAGACUAGUGUGUGUGUUUUUCACAAACUGAGGCCUUUUUGUUAUCUUUUUUACAGCUUAUAACUUGCUUGGACGACCAUAAUCAAACAACACGGCUUGUAACAUGUAAAGCUCUUCAAAGAUUACUGGUAUCCUGCAAAGACACUUUUAAUGGUAAUGUGUUUCUUUUCUCAGUUACGCUAGUUAUGUGGCAGAAUGAAUGAACAGGGGUAGUGUCACUGUGAUUUUAGUGCUACUUGUUGAUAGGAAUGCAAUUUCCUUAAGAGUGACUUGGUCUCAGUGCAAGUUACUUUAGAAGGAUGAUGUGGCUAAUUUAAACUGUUUAAGUGUCUUUGGUUAGGGAGGCCAAAAAACCUGGAGUUAAGGGGGCUGUUAGACGUGGAUUGAACACCGCUUUCUGUUCCAAGCGUCCAAAGAACUUCCUUUCUCAGAAGAACGAAGUAUAGAGUCUGUUCACUCAGGUUAUUUCUAAUAAUGAAUGUUGUCUUUGGUGGUUGUGUCGUUUGUUUGUACAAACUGUCUAAAAUGAGUGUUCAUGAACAUCCCCAAAACAGUACCGUAAACUGCCGCUUACGACCCUUAGCUUAAACAUCUUCAUAAGGGGUUUUCAGAGGUCUUAUUUAUGGGGAGGCCGUAUAACUGGAAUCAACUGGGAGGGGUCAUAGGUGGAGGGCUUAAAAGCGGCAGUUUACUGUAGGAUUUUGGCUGCCGCUGCCGCUACCCAAGUUUCUAAGAGUGUUGCAAUAGGCAAUAACAAAUCAAAAGAACAUUUUGUCAUUGAAGGGAAUGACAGGAUCUGUGACUGGGUGAAAAUAGUUUUAGGCAAUCAAACAGAUAUUGCUAGGUUUAAUGUCGCUACAGAUGAGGUACUCUGGGACUAGCACCAUCUAGUGGAAGUAAAGUUUACUUUGUCCCUUCUGUUUAUUUUCAGUGGACAUGCUUCACCAAAUCUACCCCGAGUUACUGAAAAGAAUGGAUGACAGUAGUGAUGAAAUUAGGGUCGUUGUCACCAAAACCUUUCUUGCUUAUUUUAGGUGAGGAUUAUAAACUGUUAGUCAAGUACCUUUGUAGAUAUGGUUCAAUUUCAUCGUUGGUUCUGAAUCAUUUUCCUUUGUUUUUUAAAACUCAUCAAGGUACUUUAGGUAUUUAGGUAUUUUAUUUGUUUGCCACACGAUUACAAUAAUUAAAAAAAAGAUGUCAAAACAAAAUGUAGGAAGAGAUGGCGAGGAGGCCUAAAAGAAACUAUAGAGCUUAUGUUAAUUAGGCGUCCUCAAUUACAAUUUUUCGAAGAUGGCAUAAAAAUUACGGCGACGGAUACAAUAUAAUAUCAGGUGAAAAAUUAAACUAAUCAAUAUUACGGAAGUUUAUCAACCAUUACCAUAUCCAAAAGCAAAGGAAUAUAAAAUUUGAUCCAAGGAAAAAAUUGAGCCACAACAUGAGCGCUCUUAUAUUUGAUAGACUAACUAAAAAAGAGGAGUGUUUCAUCCAUUGUCUAGACCCGUUCUGAGAAGCGGAAUGAAAAGACUAGGCGUGGCCAACUUAAGCGAUUUUCGUCCCUUUAAAAAUGGUUUCAGGAAAUGUUUGUUACUUUUUUUCAGCCAAAGAGAGCCACAAUCCUCGCCAGAAAUCCUUGAAACACCCAUGCACUUCCCUUUCCGUCUGCAAUGUUGAGAUGUGAUUGUAACGUCUUCUGGCUACAAAAACAUUGCAAAAGGGAGGGGGAAAAUGAAAGGGAGCGAAAGUUUCCAAAGUUUUUAUAGGUUUUUGUCUGCCAAAGUGUUACGGGGUCUUUGUCUGGGAUUGUAGCUAUAAGUUGGAAACAGUAUUGUGCGAUUGACCAAAAUAAAGAUUUUAUGCUUGCAGAACCACACUGAUCAUUAUAACGAGAUUGGGGUCUUUGUUCUUCACCUUUACAGAGAUUUUGCCCUCUUAUUGGAAUAGUACAUCACGCACAAUAAGGAGCUUGACCUCGUAAGGCUUUUGCCAUUGACACACGGGUUUCUAAAGCUAAGUAGGUAAAGCUGCCGUUUUUCCAUGCGGACUAUCAUAUCCUGAGCCUGUGUUAACUCCUCAGACUACUUUCGACUCGAUUUAAUUUUGUAUGCCAUUUGGGUUCUGAAAUGCCCCAUUGACCUUUCAGCGCUUGUGGAAGACAUGCACUCGAAUGUAUGGUUCAUUGUAAUGCAGAAUAAUAUGUUGUUUUAUGGUAACUGUGUGUCUCAUUUCCUGCCAGAGCGUUUCCUUCAAAGUACGACCACGACUUGUACAAGUUACAUUUGGAAGCCAUGUUUAAAGGUCUUCUAGUUCAUCUUGAUGACCCAACAUCUUCUAUACAGGUAAAAUUACUCUUGCUCAUCUGACUAAUUAGGGCAGUAUGCCAGGAUUAUAAGGUAGAUGCAACCCACCUGAAGCAUUCAGGAUUAACUGAUGGAAUUGAAUGAAUAGCCAGUAAAACAUUAGCUAUGAUCUAAAUGAAAAGUGUGUCCAGGGACCCAUGUCGUUGUUACAAAGACCAGUUCUUUGGAGUGAACUUUUCAGGUAUACACAACAAUAAAAAAAAAAAAAACAUAAGAAAACUAGCAACUAACAAAAACACAAUAGUAGGAGUAAGUGGUUAGAUAUUGGAUCUUGAGUAGCUGGGAAUGGGGAGUUCUGUNGGACUAUCAUAUCCUGAGCCUGUGUUAACUCCUCAGACUACUUUCGACUCGAUUUAAUUUUGUAUGCCAUUUGGGUUCUGAAAUGCCCCAUUGACCUUUCAGCGCUUGUGGAAGACAUGCACUCGAAUGUAUGGUUCAUUGUAAUGCAGAAUAAUAUGUUGUUUUAUGGUAACUGUGUGUCUCAUUUCCUGCCAGAGCGUUUCCUUCAAAGUACGACCACGACUUGUACAAGUUACAUUUGGAAGCCAUGUUUAAAGGUCUUCUAGUUCAUCUUGAUGACCCAACAUCUUCUAUACAGGUAAAAUUACUCUUGCUCAUCUGACUAAUUAGGGCAGUAUGCCAGGAUUAUAAGGUAGAUGCAACCCACCUGAAGCAUUCAGGAUUAACUGAUGGAAUUGAAUGAAUAGCCAGUAAAACAUUAGCUAUGAUCUAAAUGAAAAGUGUGUCCAGGGACCCAUGUCGUUGUUACAAAGACCAGUUCUUUGGAGUGAACUUUUCAGGUAUACACAACAAUAAAAAAAAAAAAAACAUAAGAAAACUAGCAACUAACAAAAACACAAUAGUAGGAGUAAGUGGUUAGAUAUUGGAUCUUGAGUAGCUGGGAAUGGGGAGUUCUGUUUUCGUAUAUUGUAUCAUGAAGAACAACCGAGUUGUGUAAAAUCCUCAGCUUUUGGAUCGGUUUUGUCAAAAGAUAAAGGUAAAAAUUAGCUUCUAAGACGGAAAAGAUAUUUCCGUCUUAUAGAGAGUCAACUACAAGUAGUAAAGAAAGGGAAGGACAAAUUCUAGGUGUCCAUUUUAGUGAACUGUCUGUCAUAAAGUCAACUAAAAGAUAUAAAGAAAGGCAGGGAUGAACUCUUGGUGUUUGUCUUAAAGAGAGUCAACUAAAUAGAGUAAAGAAAGGCAGGGACCAACUCUUGGCAUCCAUAUUAGCGAGGUGUCAGUCUUGUAGAGGUGUACAUUAAGGGAAGGAUAGGUAUUUACUAAGUGUUAUUUUGCAGGUGCACGGUAGUUCGGUGAUGACUGGUUUGAAUGUAGUGUUAGCCAAUGAUGAAAAUAAUAGUAAAUUCUACUCUAUUUACAGGAAGCAGUUCUCAGUGUGUUAAAAGAAGCAGCACAUGUGCAACCUCUCUUGUUGAAAGAACAGGUUGAGUCUGUUAGGCACAAGCACAGAGUAGCCAGGUAAAACAGACAGUUCUACAAUUGCUUGUUACUUGUUACCUACCCUAGUAAACACACAACUCACGACUACUUCUCUUUAAUGAUCAAACAGAGGAAAAAUGUCUGAUAUCUUUUCUUUAUUUAAUUAUAAACAACGUUUUUCACAGUAUUGUUAUCAUCUCUAGAAGAGGUUAACUGAGAAAUGCCUAAGUGUGGUAAUUUUGAAGCAAAACUUGAAAGAAAUGGCCAAACCAGUAUCAUGAUUUCAGGAGUCCUGUGUCUUCACUAACAAUGUUUUGCUUACUUUUGUUGUGUGUAGAUAUUGCGAGGAGCUUAUAACACAUUGUCAAAGCCUUACAGCCAAGUCAUAGUCUUACUUAGCUUCUUAAGAAUCAUUAAGAUACCACCAAAUGAUGAGCCCACUGUUAGAAGCUGAUUGCAAGACUAUGAUGAACUUAAAUGAUUACCCUCGUACAUGUGAAGGAAACGAGGAGGCAAAGAUGGACACUGACAAGCAGCGUUUUGAGGAAUACAAAACAGAUACAUGG